CGUCUUAUAAGAGGCGCGCGCGUGUGAGCUCUUCAGAACUGAAGCUCUGGCAUUUUGUGCGUGUUGCUGUACGGAUGGAUGAAGGUGUAGCUGCUAAACCUCAUUUGACAUCCCCUACUUUGUGCCUACCACGUUGCUGAGCACUUGAGGUGGAUUUACUGAGAACAGAAACUGCAAAAAUGGAAAGCAUGGCCUCAGCCUCCUCCAACAGUGAAAGUGAGUCUCAAAGUGUGCUUACCUGGGAGCAAGUGAGCCGCCUGAAUGAUGUGCUAACAGAGGCGGUGCCGGUUCAUGGCCGUGGCAACUUUCCUACCCUGGAGGUCCGGCUGAAGGAUAUUGUACAGAGGGUAAGAAACCGCCUAGAGCUGAGGGGCAUUACAGUGAAAGACAUUCGCCUGAAUGGUUCUACAGCCAGCCACGUGCUGGUAAAGGACAUUGGCUGGAGCUACAAAGACCUGGACGUGAUCUUCAGGGUGAACCUUCCUCGGGAGGAGGAGUUCCAGGUCAUCAAAGAUGUGGUUUUGAGCACUUUGUUGGACUUUCUGCCUGAGGGAGUGAACAAAGAGAAGAUCACUCCCAUGACCCUGAAGGAGGCCUAUGUCCAGAAGCUGGUCAAAGUCUACACGGAGCAGGACCGCUGGUCCCUCAUCUCCUUAUCCAACAACAAUGGCCGCAACGUGGAACUUAAAUUUGUGGACUCGAUCCGCAGGCAGUUCGAGUUCAGUGUAGACUCUUUCCAGAUCAUCCUGGACUCUGUGCUCUCGUAUUAUGACAUCUCAGAAAACCCCAUGUCUCGGCACUUCCACCCCACCGUGGUCGGGGAGAGUGUGUACGGCGACUUUGCUGUUGCUCUGGACCACCUCAAGAACAAGCUUAUUGCCACCAAAAGACCUGAGGAAAUCCGGGGAGGGGGUUUGCUGAAAUACUGCAACCUCCUGGUGAGGGACUUCAGGCCCACGGACGAAGAGGAGUUCAAGGCCCUGGAGCGCUACAUGUGCUCACGGUUUUUUAUUGACUUUCCUGACAUUGGCGAGCAACAGCGAAAACUGGAGGCUUAUUUGCAAAGCCACUUUGUCGGCGAGGAGAAGAACAAGUACAACUACCUCAUGAUCCUGCGGCGGGUUGUGAACGAGAGCACAGUGUGCCUCAUGGGACACGAGAGGCGGCAGACACUUAACCUCAUCUCACUGACGGCGUUUCGGGUGCUGGCGGAGCAGAAUGCCAUACCUGACGCGUCCAGUGUCACCUGCUACUAUCAGCCCGCUCCGUAUGUCAGAGACCUGAACUUCAACAACUACUACGUGGCCUCUUGUAACCAGUCCAUUCCAACUUGGUUGCCAUGUAACUAUGAGACCAAACUAUGCUUGUUCAUUGAAAUCCAAAACGCAAGCUGGCCAGAAAGCAGGAUAUUCGGCCGAAAUGGAUAUUUCCCUCUGUAGGCAUAAAGCAUAUUUAAAACGAUGAAUGUUUUCUUUUCCUUUUUUUAAAUUCCUUCUACAGAGGUGGCAAGACAUUUCUGAUCCAAAGUGAUAUAUUUUAGUGUUUGAAUUAAGUACAUUUGUUUGCCUUUGUUUUACUUCAAUAUUCAACGUUUUCAGAUUUGAUUUUGUUUUCAUCUCUGUCCCUGAUCCGAGAGAUUAAUUUUUCCAUAUUGAAGAGAAUUCCUGUAGUGCCUUAAUAUACUCUAACUCUAAAAAUGAAGGAAAUGGAUAUUGGAAAGAAUAAGUAUUUAUCAUGUUACAUUUAAAAAAGCAGAAAAGCCAAAAAAAUAUUAAUAAUGUUCUUAGAAAUGGGGUGAAAAAAAAUAUACAAAAACUUAGGAAAAUUUUGGAACAAAAAGACAUGAAAGAUAUAGAGCACAGGUGACGAAGGUACUUUAGGCCUUGAAGUUAUCAGGAGUUUUUUGGUACACUGGUGUGCAGCUAAAGUUAUUUUUGUUCUCUUCAACUGAAAUGUGAACAGAAUCAUGUUUUUCACGUUUUCAUGGCAAUGUGCUUCGGUUUGCUGUGUGAAUGUAUGCAGAUCAUUUUCUGUGCCACUGUACAUUUGAAAAACGGCUUAUUUGUGAAUUUUGUUCAGUCUAGCUUGUUACAAGACUGAAAUUAGUUGCAUCAUACAGUAAGACGGGUUGUCCUCCCCCCACAUAGAGCUAAAAGAGUGAGUUUUAUAAUGCCAUGUUUGUUAAAUUGAUGAAUGUUGGACAUGAUGGUUAAAUCUUCCACAGAGAGGAUGGCGUAAUCUCUCAUUGAUGUGUGCAUGUGCGUUUGAAGGGGAAGCGCUUGGGGUUCUCCAUACAAGGACCAUCCGUGAGGAUCAGCCCUCCUGAGCUUUUUGCAGUCAUUAACAGACUUAGCACAGCACUUUGUAACAAGACCUACAGUCUUCUACGGCCAUGCCAUCUGGUGUCACCCUGCUCUAAAAUUAUCUCUCCCUGCACCUCAGGAUGUGCCUUGAAUGGACAGCGUGUGGGAUGGAAUUUGUAGUGGGGCGACUGUCUCUGCCGUGCUCCUGACUCGCCCUUUUCUGGUCAUUGAAAUGCUGUAGCCGGGGGGAACCUUUGCAGAAACCCUCACGCCUCUGUGUGGAUUCCAUUCCAGUUUUGGCUCUAAAAGAUGUUGCUGCUCUUGAUCUUUAUUGGGCUUUGGUGUCUGCUGUCUUGCUUAAAGGAGUAGUCAGUUAUAUUGAACCAGUUAAAGUGUGAUUUAUGUUUGUGCGUUGGACAGUAUUACAUUGAAUGGCUGGCUAUUCUCAUGUGCCCUCCCCCUGACCUGUCAUGUGUUCCUCUUUUAACAUUAGCCCACACUAGUACCCUGCUAGUGUUACGUAAUGGCUUGCAGCUGCCCCCUUCCCAGUUCCCCUCCUGCUGGUUCUGCUUGUACAAGCACAUGCUGUAGAUAAUCGCGAGAGCCACAUUCCAUCUUUUAUCUGCUGUCACACAGACUCUUAGAGCAUGAUGAAAGGACACACCCCCUUUCGGCUGGUUACACCCUUGAGCAGGAAUGGAUUUUAUUUUUUGAGGACCAAUGUCUUGAGUCGGCAGCACAGGUGCCUUUUUUGUCAUCAUCUGGGCAGGCCUUGUACCUCAUGCUGUGAUGAGAAUAAGAAUGUAGUUUGUUUGCUAAUCCCUCCGCACUCAGGUCUCCAUCACGUCUAGUCCCCCCAAACCUAGUUAGUCAUUCCAGUUUUUCUGUGUCAUGAUGUCACUGAGUCACCCUCUUACUCCCAACCAAAGUGUGCAGAAAAAAGUUUGUAAUAUUCAAGGUCAAAUUAAGUUAAUAUCCCAGUUAAUGAAUUGCACUUUAUCGGUCUUGUAAUUCUCUAAUUGAGUGUUUCUUUUCUAGAACGCGAGGUUAGUGGUCUCAGGGAGGUGUCAGGAAGUGAAAAGGGCUACAGGGUAUCUUGAGGAUUUGUGUGAUCGCCAUACUUGCUGCAAACUACAUGUAUUGUGUUACUAUUUACAGUUACAGGUAAACAAGUGUCACUAGGAAGGCGUUCACCAUCACUGGUUCAUCUUUUCCCCCUUAGGGCACUGAUGAGAUCUGUAGUUGUUGGCCAACAGAAACUCACCUUAAUCUGUCCUUUUUUAACACGUUUAUGAAAAUCCCCAACAUGCCUGUAUGCUUAUUUCUAUCUUGUCCAGAUGUGCUUCAUAUAGACACGGUCUGGUGUGAUGAGACUUGGCCUGUGUACCAUUUACAGUCUGUGUACGGUAUAAUUCUCAAAAAGGGAGGGUUGAAAAUAGAAAAACAUGCUUUUUGAAUUUGUUUUGUGUGUGCUUUUUUUUUUUUUUGUCCUGCUUUCAGCUGUAAUUCCAUAUUCCCCAGUGUUACUCCCUCUUUCUUGAGUAGACAAAGGUGUUGGAGCUUUUGUAAUGUGGUUCUGGAUGCAUCUGUAACCGAGCACAGGGGAGGUUUUUUGGAUUUGGACAUGCUUGUCUAUAGUGCAAGUCUUAAUGAUUACUGAGGGCUUUUUGACGUCCUUUUGCAAUGUUGCAAGAAGAGUUGUGGAUUUCAGCAGAAUUUGAUUACGUUUUUUUUUGUGAUUUAUUUGUUUUAUCUCUGUGAGGAUGGUAAUGAUUGUGAGUUUGAAAAAGUGAAAGAUGGAAUAAGUCUGUAUAUGAGAAGCACUAUAUAUUGUUUUGAAGUAGUUCCUCUUAUGUCGACUCUGAUGUCGGCUUGGUGAUUAUGAUGUAGGUUGUCAUUAUUAUGCCAUUUUGUUUCUCAGCACUUUUACCUCACUAUAAUUUUCCUUUGGAUGGAAUUGAGAAUAAGGAAAAUGUGUAUCAAGGAGGAAAAUAAAGUAUUCAA